AUGGCCAAGGACAUUUUGGGACCUCGAAACAAUAUCAUCGCACACGCUGCUGGUAUUGAGAGUUUAUACUCUGCCAUUUCAGCUACCAAGACCAAGGCCCGAGCCUCGAUUACUCUAACCAAGCUUAAGAUGAUCAGUCAAGUGCAGCUUGCUGAACAAAAUGGAACAAGGCUAUCACGAAACAGCCAAUCAACUUCAAAGAAUGAAGUCGAGGUGAUCGAAAUCGAAAAUGCUGAAAAUCAACUCAUUGAAGGUUUCUCGGGUCCAGACGAGUUGCAGGAAUUCAAAGAUGGUUUGGCUCGUCGCUCGGAGGAUGAUUUGGCCAUUGAUCCUCAUCUAGAAGACGAAGAAUUUCCUAAUGACCUCAUAAACUCCAUGUUCGAUUUAAAGAUGUUCCAACCUUCACACUUUCAACAAGUAAUGUCUAAUGGUGCUAGUGCACCAGCGGUUGGUGCACCUGGAGCUUGGAACCCCGAUAAUAUAAGCUUUGAUUAG